GCCGCAGGAAGCGCAUCUGCAUCUGCCGACAUCUCCUCACCAUCAUCCACCCAGAAGGGACAGAGAAACCACAUGCCCAAUCCUAAGAACCAGCAGAAUCCCACAGCUAACGGUGCUGACCACUCCAUGGUCGAGGAGGAGGUUGCCGAUCUCCAACCUCCCUCUCCUGUGCCAGAGCCCGACGAGGCUGAGCAUCUGGAAGCAGUCAAGGCAUUUCGUGAGUCGAAUGAGGCCAAAGAGAAGAUCCUUCUUCAACUUGACGAAGAAAUCGAGCAGUACAAAGCCAAGAGGGGAGCCUUCAAUGCUGAAAUUAAUGAGGUUCGUAAUGAGUUAAAAUCCCACCGCGAAGUCCUUCGCGAAGUCGCCAAGGAGCGUGAAAAACUCAUGGAAGAGGUCAAGAAGCUUCAGGACAGGAACAAGUUGAAUGAAGCUCGUGUCCAAAAAAUGAGGAAAGAACUACGAUCAGUAGAUGUCAUGGAAAUCGACCAAAUGAUUGCAGAUUUGAAUACCAAGCUUGAGACAAACACAAAUGAUCUCAAGACAGAGAAAGAGAUCAUUCGUGAAAUCAAAAAGCUCACUGGUGACAAGGAGAGAAUCAAGGAAUGGAAGACUGAGCGUGACGCGGUUGCCGAGAAGAAGAAGGAGAUCGACGAUCUUUACAGCCUUCGCAAGUCGAAGACCGAAAACUUCAACGCUCUCCGUGAGAAGGAAAAGGAACUUGUUUCUCGUUUGGAGUCACUUCGUAGUGGAGAUGGGGUUCCUGACGGAGUCAAUCCCAGUCAAAAGGUUACCGACUUGCUGGGAGAAAAAGCUAAGGUGAUCGAAGAGAUUAAAGCAAACCGGCAGUCAAUCAACAAUGCACAUGUUGCCUACAAGAUAAAAAUGGCGGAGUAUAGGGAAUACAAGCGUGCGCUUGCAAGCUACGAGAGAAAGGUUGAAAAAGUUGAAUACCGAAAGAGGCAGGCCGAAAGAGCUGCAAAAGCUGAAAAACUUAAGGAAGAGCGCAAGCAACGAGCUCAGCAGAAGCAAGAAGAGAGGAAGUUGAUGGAUAAGCGAAUGGCGGCAAUCGCUGCUGGCUGUCAACUCUUUGUGGGUGGUCUGGCUAUUCGGUGCACCGAAGAGGACCUGAGCUCAUACUUCAAGGACUUCGGUACUAUCACAGAUGUUUAUUUGGUUCGAGACAACGAUACGAAGCUCUCCCGAGGCUUUGGUUUCGUGACUUUCAGCGACAAGGAUUCUGCACAUGCGACUUUGAAGUCUUUGAAUGGGAAGGAGAAUAAGUCACUCUGCCCUCUGCAUGGCAAGCUCUCGAUUCGUUUCGCAGAGAAAUCCAAGACGCAGAUUGAAUGGGAGAAACAGCGGGCUGGUCAAUCCAAGAAGGCAUCCGCAGCAAAGCAAUCCCCGGCAGCUUCGUCCGAUGCUGUCGAAGGUGAUCAAGAUGAUGAGAAGGACGUGGAAGAAGCGCAACCAGCUUCAAAUGACCUUGACGAGGAGACUGGAACUGACGAUCAGAAUGGCUACUCUGAAGAUACUGCUUCUCCAGAGUCCAAUCACUCUGGUGGGAAAGCAAGGAAGGAAUGGAAGGCAACGCGCACUGAGUGGACGAACGGCACCCAGGACAAUACUUGUACAGAUCAGGUCGUAACCCCAUGCUCGUAGCCUUGAGUCGGCUCUCACCACAUCUUCUUAUUCACUUUUUGAUCGUAGUCUGGUAUUCUAUUAAAUAGUUAUGCUGUCG